CCCCCGCUCCCCUCCCCGCUCCUCGCGCUGAGCUCGAGCCUCUCUUCUGCCUUCACGAGUUCUCCUCCCGAAACCUGCGCGAGGCGAUUCCCCCCCGUUCUCCCCGCGUCAGUCAACAUGGCUACAGUUGUAACCUGCACCCGAUUCACGGACGAAUAUCAGCUGUACGAGGAACUCGGAAAGGGCGCCUUCUCGGUCGUGCGGCGUUGUGUCAAGAAGUCCACGGGCCAAGAGUAUGCGGCGAAGAUCAUCAACACCAAGAAGCUGUCGACCCGAGAUCACCAGAAACUGGAGCGAGAGGCAAGAAUCUGUCGUCUGCUCAAACACCCAAACAUAGUACGGCUCCAUGACAGCAUCUCAGAGGAGGGUUUCCAUUACCUGGUGUUUGACCUCGUCACUGGAGGAGAGCUGUUUGAGGACAUCGUUGCAAGAGAGUAUUACAGCGAGGCAGAUGCCAGCCACUGCAUCAGUCAGAUCCUGGAGAGCAUCAGUCACAUCCACCAGCAUGACAUUGUGCACAGGGACCUCAAGCCCGAGAACCUACUUUUGGCCAGUAAGAUGAAGGGAGCCGCGGUGAAGCUGGCAGAUUUUGGCCUGGCCAUCGAGGUGCAGGGGGAACAGCAGGCGUGGUUUGGUUUUGCAGGAACUCCAGGGUAUCUGUCCCCAGAGGUGCUGAGGAAGGACCCGUACGGGAAACCUGUGGACAUGUGGGCGUGUGGUGUGAUCCUGUACAUCCUACUGGUGGGAUACCCGCCCUUCUGGGACGAGGACCAGCACAAACUCUACCAGCAGAUCAAGGCCGGUGCAUAUGAUUUUCCUUCUCCGGAGUGGGACACCGUGACCCCUGAGGCCAAAAACCUGAUCAAUCAGAUGUUAACCAUUAACCCUGCCAAAAGAAUCACUGCCGACCAGGCCCUCAAGCAUCCCUGGGUCUGCCAACGCUCCACUGUGGCCUCCAUGAUGCACCGCCAGGAGACCGUGGAGUGUCUGCGCAAGUUCAAUGCCAGGAGGAAACUUAAAGGAGCUAUUCUCACAACCAUGCUGGUGUCCAGGAACUUUUCAGUGGGACGGCAGCAUACCAGCCCUGCUGCUACCACCAGCACGGCCGCAGUGGCACAGGAAGCAUGCAAAACCUUACUUAACAAGAAGUCUGAUGGUGUGAAGUCGCAGGGAAACAACAGUAAAAACAGUGUAGUAAGCAGCAGCAGCACCAAAGACAGCAGCAUGUCAUCUACAGCACCAAUGGAAGCCCAGACAACCGUUGUGCACAACCCAGCCGACGGCACCAAGGGCUCCACAGAGAGCUGUAAUAACACGGAAGAGGAGGAGAUGAAAGGUAGGAAAGUGGCCGUGAGUGAGGCCGCUGGUGCAGGCGCUGCAGGGCUGAGCCAAAGCAGCACUGUUGAGGAGCAGAGCCCGAACCCACCGUCCCACUGCCCGGCGCUCAGCUCUGGCCCCAUGCAGGAGGCCUCCGGCAGCCCCAGUGUCCCCCACAGCAGCCCCAGUGUCCCCCACAGCAGCCCCAGUGUCCCCCACAGCAGCCCCAGUGUCCCCCACAGCAGCCCCGCUCAGAGCGGUCCUGAGCCGGAGCCCGCUCUGCCGCCCCCUGCAGGCGGCGGCGGCACCCUGCAGCACACCCGUAAACAGGAGAUCAUAAAGAUGACGGAGCAGCUGAUCGAAGCCAUCAACAAUGGAGAUUUUGAGGCCUACACGAGAAUCUGUGACCCUGGUCUCACUUCAUUUGAGCCUGAAGCUCUUGGAAACCUGGUGGAGGGCAUGGACUUCCACAAGUUUUACUUUGAGAACUUGCUGAGUAAAAACAGCAAGCCGGUGCACACCACCAUCCUGAACCCCCACGUGCACCUGAUCGGCGAGGACGCCGCCUGCAUCGCCUACAUCCGCCUGACGCAGUACAUGGACGGCCAGGGCCGCCCGCGCUCCUGCCAGUCGGAGGAGACGCGCGUGUGGCACCGCCGCGACGCCAAGUGGCUCAACGUGCACUUCCACUGCUCAGGAGCACCGGCGGCGCCGCUGCAGUGAACGCCCGACCCAGGCCCAGCUUUGCCUGGACUCUGAAGCUGUUUGGAGCAUUUACUCCCCGUGGUCGAAUUGGUGCCGGGAUCCUGGAAAAGGCUUCGUGGAGCGAUGUAAAAACACAAACAUGGGGGAAAAAUACGUUGCAAUGUUAAAAAAAAAUCCUUAUGAAAAAAAAAAGAGCAUAUUUUAAAAGCUUGACUGAGUGAGCGACCAACACCGAUCCAGUCCGAACCCAGGGAGGCGACGUCGGCCCGGCUGACGUGAGCCCCUCCUGCAGAUGGUGCAUGCUUCUGGUGGCGACACAGGGGUGAUGCCGUCCUGGUCCUCUCCUCCCAUGGCCUUUACUUCCCCGUCUUUGUUUUGUCUGCUGUGUGGAAAAGUAUUAAGAUGUUAAAUAUAUACGUACCAGAAAAACACCUACACUUCGCACACAUCGUGACUGGGACGGGGCUGCGGGUAGAAUGAGACGCGGGUGCUUUAAUAGAAGUAUUGGUUGUACAGCUGGUGUGUGUGUGUGUGUGUGUGUGUGUGUGUGUGUGUCUUUAUGGCAACAGGAGUAACUAAUAUCUACUGAAAUCUAAAGAGAAACCCCGUUUUCAGGGUGAGUGUGUGUUUAAAGAGGAUUUAGGCAUCGAGAGACUUAAUUUGUUUUCCGUAUAAUGUUUGAGCCGUUUGUCUCCUGAGUGACGUAUGAGUAUUUGUGUGGAAAAAGGAUCAUUUUUAAUCAAAGGGAGAAUUAUUUAAAGCUAUUUAUACAGGAAACGUGGAGGUGUUAUUACCUUGCAGGUGUGGGGCUGAAGCAUGAGCUGGUGUUUAGGGUUUUUGUUCCCCGGGUGUAAAUACAACGCCGCGGACACGCGCACUGUGGAGGUCACGUGGUCCAGGUCCGCUCGUCCUGAAGUUGCAGAAGGCGCCGCAGCGCUCGGAGCCCAACACCUGGAGGUGAACGCUCUCCAUCCGAACUGCGGGCCCUGAACGCACGGACCCGCCUCCGACUUUAGUUUUGUACCUUUGACGUGAAGCAUGAUUUCCUUUUUAUGGCCUGUACUGUUUCUGCACAGACACUUACGACUCGAUGCUGUUGCGUCCUCCCGCUUUCUGCAACUUCAGGUUCCGCUCGCCGAACCCUCCCCCGCUCCUCCACUUCCAUCAUUCCCGAGCGGCGCCGCGUCACGUUCUAAUGAUGAUGUCAGCCUUCUGCCUGUCUCGUGUUCCGACCGUGUUCUUGCAGUCCGUGUGUCGUCAGUCUUGGCUCACUGUUCUUCUGCGUGAAGUCCUGGCACUAAAAAGCAUGUUUAAAAAAAAUCGGAUGCAGGCGAGGGAUGGGACCAAGUGUGUGUGUGGGGGGGGGGUUGUGGAGCCUGCGCCCACCCGCGUUGGGUCCACGUGUCACACUUCCUGUAACUGUUGUAGCUGUUGGUGUGUAGAUGUUUAUUUUAUUGUUCCAUCCAGAACUAGAACAGACGAGGAGCCGCUAAAACCUCAACAGGGUCUUUUUCCUUCACGCUGCGCCCUGAACACGCACCAGUCCACGCACAGCCCCCGUCCCGUGGCUCCAGUUAGCGCAUCAGAUCAAAGGAACCGUCACCGUGUUGACGCUGUCUGUGCUGCUCCAUAGUGUCAUGAAACCACGAUGCUUUAACGUGUCACUUACCACGCAGACUUUAAAGGAUCCACUUGUGGGUCGCGUGUCCGUCCCACUGUGUGAACCGCCCCCGCCUCGCUCACCUUUCGCACCGUGACCACCGUGCGUCGUGACCCCAGUACUGAAACUACUGUGCGUGAUGUUGUUCUGGCUCUAAGUGGUUCUGUCUGUGCCGCGGGCUCUGACCCCCCGUCGUGUGUCGAUGCCGCCACGCUUUUCUUUCACUGCAUUUCCACGGUCAUGGGAGAGUUGAAGUCACGGAGCGAGUUCGGGACCAGCGUUUGCUAAAGUAUUUGGAUCCGUUUUAAACAAGCAUUUUAUCGGACUACGGAGCUGAAAUCAUCCGUGGACGUCGGUGCGUUUGCGCCACGGUCACAGGUUCCAGUCCGUCAGUUCUGCUGGUCGCUUUUUAGGUUUGCAUCUAAUGAAACGAGGCAAUCAGUGGUUUCAGUCACUUCUAAAUGUGAGAAACAGGCAGCUGCUGCAAUAAACCCACUCAGACUUUACCCUCGUUAAUAUGAAAGUCAAAACUGAAACAAUGAAACAAGUCUAAGACGUUUUGAUGCGGAUACAGUAAACAUUUAGGGCUCCUUCCAUAAAGGUAGAACCUCCAGUACCCGCAGGCUUCUGACCUUUGGGUUACUUGCAUUACUUAUGGGAGUACUCAGUACAUGCACGAGCCCUGUUCGGAUCUCAUAUUUUGAAACGUUGGCGACGGACUAGCAAAUAUUUUAGCAAAUAUCAAUGUUAGAAAUCACGACUAAACCUGAAAGGGGAUUUGUGAAACGUAAGAUCAAAGAGUUGAGGAGGGAUGUUUAAAAACCACAAUCAUUAACAGCAACACUAUAUAUGCAGUUUAACAAAUGGAAGAAAUAUGCAUGUCUACUUUCUGGUAAUUUUCACUGUUUACUUGAUAAAGAAACGGAAAUCUAUGUUACUUGCAUCCUCGGUUAUGACACGGCUCUGACAGAUAUCAACUCAAGUGACGUGAUCUCGCAUUAAACGCUUCGCUCGUCUGGACCCCUUUGUACGUAAAUUUGCUACAUUGUAACCUUAUACUAAAGGGGCUACACACGUCUAUAUUCAGAGAUUCAUUUGGAUGCUGGAUUUUUGCAUGACCAUACAGUUAAUAAAAAUCAUACAUUAAAAUUAA